CUUGGUGUCGACGACUUGGUCUGCUCUUGGUUCAGUGACCAGCACCUUCAGCGCAGCAGGGAAAUUGUGCUGGAUGGCUGUGUACCAGACUGCUGGACACUUGCGCGGCAUGGCCUACCAAAUGCCAGCCGACCCAAAAUCUGGAAAUUGGCUCUGGGGUUUGGCGAUGUAGUGGAAAGGGACAAGCAGCAUUUCGACGCUCUGUGCGAGAUGGUCGAAUCACAGGAACUCCUGACUGACCUCCUGGUGGAACGAGAUAUUCAGCUCCUCGCCAACUCCCAACAUUUUUUCCCGUUUGAAGAGACGUUGCGGUCUGUCUUGCUUGCGUUCACGCGUGACUCUUCAGUGACGUGCUCAAUGGGCACAGAAGUUGUCACGGGCACAGGCGACAAUGCAAAAUACCCACCAUCUGGGGUGCUGCCUUUCAAGGGGCUGGUGAUGUAUGCUGCACCGGUUUGCUAUUUGUGCAAAGACCCAGCUGAUGUGUAUAGGGUGUUCAAGUCUAUGUUCUGCCGCUUCUGGUGCAAGCUGGUAACAUUGACAGUCGAAGGGUUGCCACGACCAACCCUGCCAGGACUGUGCAAUGUGUUUGAGUCACUCUUGCAGGAAGUCGAUCCUCAAGUUUUCCAUCAUUUGAACUCCUUGGGUUGCCCUGCCAUGCAGCUAGCGUUCCCAUGGAUUAACAGUGCCUUUGUAGGAUACCUUCCUGUUGAAGAAUUGUUACUGCUGUGGGACCGGCUCUUUGGCUGGGACUCACUGUUGGUGCUACCAGUAUUUGCAGUCGCCAUCAUCACAUUCAGGAAUGUCCUGAUCCAGAGCACAGACAUGAUGCCUUGA